AUGCGGUCCUCACUUUCCUUGUUGGCCCUGUCGGCGGGCACUGCAUUUGCCUCGUACGCUGGGAACUUGAAUUACCGCAGCCCUUCGCACCAUCAUCCCGCUUUAGGAAUUUCUGUGCACAAGAUCGCAAAGAGAUCAGACCCUCUGUCGUCGUUUGAUCCCGCGCAGUUGAAUUUCACUCAUGGUGUUGCGUCUGGCGACCCUUACGCUACCUCCGUUAUCCUAUGGACCCGCUGCUCGCCAAUGUUUGACGAUGUGGAUGAUAAUAGCACUGUGACUGGCUUGGUGCCACUAUUUAAUCCAGUUCCUAUAUACAAGGAUACUGAUGAACACAGGCCGAUGUCCAACGCGCCCGUGUGUCUUAAAUUCAUAGUUGCGGCCGACAAGAACAUGAGGCGUGUUGUCGAUAAAGGGACGGUGUAUACUAGCUCAGACGUCGAUUACACGGUCAAGCCCUGUUGGCCGAACAAAGACCGCCCCGAGGGAAUCCCAGUUAGUCAAUCGUAUCAAUUUGGCCGUGUUUUCGUGCAGCAAUUACCCGAUUACAUCUAUGAAUAUGCCGAAGGCGAAUAUGGUUCCGGAAAGGACAUUGGGCGGAUAUCUUUACCAAACCGUCAGAUAUAUACGCUCUAUGAUUAUCGGAAACGGAUUGCCACGUAUAGAACCGAUCUUGAUCUACAAGCUAGUCAUCAGAGUUUCCCUUGGAUUCCCGUGUGGGAUGAUCACGACAACGCCUACCGUGAUGGUUCAUCUAAAUUGAACAACACGGAGGCAUCGUUUAUUAGUGAUGGCGGCGUCUCUGUUGAUCAACGGAAAAUGAAUGCUGUUCGAGCGUAUUUUGAAUGGAUGCCGAUCCGCCAGGUAGAAAUGGAUGAUAAUCUUCGCAUCUGGAGAAAUUUUCAGCUCGGCUCGCUUGUGGAUGUCAUCAUGCUUGAUACUCGAAACUACGAUCGGUCGAUUACUGAUCUAUAUUGGAACAAGAACUAUGUCAAGCAGCUGCAAAAUGAAGCUAGUCACAGCUUGAUGGGCUCUCGCCAGGAGAAUUGGUUCUAUCGCAAUCUAAUCAAAUCCUCCAAAAGAGGAGCGAAAUGGCGUGUGAUUGGAAGUCAAAUAGUGUGGCUGGGACACGAGAAAUAUGACUCGAACACGGGUUCCGGGGCCAUUGGGGUCGAGUUUGGUGGGAGCGCAGUGACAUCCCCAUCCCCAGCUGGACAUAAGAUCACUAUCAAAGAUUCCGUCAACGCUUCGAAAGCGCUUGUGACUUCGAAUCCUCAGCUUCAGUGGUCAGAGCUGUACUAUCGUGGAUACUUUGAACUUCAUAUCACACCAAAGGAGGUCCAGAGUCGAUUCUUUGGAAUACCUAAGCUACGGACUCGCGAUUUUGGCGAGAUUUCUCUGGCGAACUUCACGAUCAAGAGCGGUGCGAACCAUUUGGACCGUGGGCGUCAAGGGGUUCCUGCUGGAGGCGUUGUGGAGAACGGCUGGCUCAAAGGCGGAAAGGUAGUUCAAACAAAUGCCACGCGGGACACUGAAACUGGGAAGUGGUAUGUCAGCAAUUAG